AUGGCUACGGAGAACUCGUUCUUCAGUCCCCGCCCAGAGUCUCUCUCACUCCCUGUGGAGGAGAAAGGGGAAGGGGAGCAAGUGGAGGUGGCUGCCGAGGCCACCACUUCCAUAGGAGUCUUCAACCUAUCGGAUGAACUGGGUCAUGUUGUUACCACAGAGACGGGCCCGACCCCUCCAGCGGCCAAGGUCAACAGGUCGUUCCAAUCCAAGUUGGCUGAGCGGGAGGCCAACGUCAAUCAGCGUAGGAAGAAGACCCAGGGGGCAGAAAAGGAGAGAGGCCGAUUUGGCUGGGCCCGAAGUCGGCGUAAGCGGCAGCGCUACGUAGAGAAGAAUGGCCGAUGCAACGUGCAGCACGGCAACAUGCGGGAGACGUACCGCUACCUGACGGACAUCUUCACCACGCUGGUGGACCUCAACUGGCGCUGCUCGCUCUUCGUCUUUGUCAUGGCCUACGCCAUCACUUGGCUGUUCUUUGGCGCCAUCUGGUACCUCAUUGCUUACUGCAGGGGUGAUCUGGACCAUCUGGAUGAUGAGACAUGGACGCCAUGCGUCAACAAUGUCAAUGGCUUCAUCUCUGCCUUCCUCUUCUCCAUCGAGACGGAAACCACCAUUGGCUACGGUCACCGGGUCAUCACAGACCAGUGUCCCGUGGGCACCAUGCUGCUCCUGCUGCAGGCCAUACUGGGGUCCAUGGUCAACGCCUUCAUGGUGGGCUGUAUGUUUGUGAAGAUCUCUCAGCCCAACAAGCGAGCAGAGACGCUGGUAUUCUCCAAACACGCAGUCAUUUCUCUGAGAGACGACAAACUAUGCCUGAUGUUCCGGGUGGGCGACCUGCGCAGCUCUCACAUUGUAGGGGCCAAUAUGAGGGCCAAGCUCAUCAAAUCCAAGCAGACCCAGGAGGGAGAGUUCAUACCUCUGGAUCAGACGGACAUUAGUGUGGGCUUUGAGACGGGUGACGACCGCCUCUUCCUGGUCUCGCCACUGGUCAUCUCCCACGAGAUUGACGCCCGCUCUGCUUUCUGGGACAUGUCUCAGGCCCAGCUGGAGAAGGAGGACUUUGAGAUCGUGGUCAUCCUGGAAGGCAUGGUAGAGGCCACUGGUAUGACAUGCCAGGCGAGGAGCUCCUACCUAGCGGAGGAGGUGUUGUGGGGUCACAGGUUCAGCCCUAUGAUGUCCCUAGCUGAAGGCUUCUUUGACGUGGACUACAGCACCUUCCAUCACACCUUCGAGGUGGACACGCCCUCCUGCUCAGCACGAGAGCUGUCAUUGGCUACAGCCAGACAUGAGGCUCACAUGUAUUGGUCCAUUUCCAGCCGACUGGACGAAGAACCCAACAUAGCAAACCAGGCAGCAAAGCCUGGCUCGGUCAAUGGCAAAGGAAGGGUGGGGCUGACCUUGAUUGACGGGGUAAUCCAGGAGCAGUCAGGACUUGGGGAGUUGAACGGCAGUGUCACCACUGACCAGUCUGAAUCGGAGGCCUAA